CUCGAAGCUUUGUAGUACAUAAAAGAAACCUUCUCCCCACUCCUCAAAACCGACGCAAUCUCUAUAGUCAAGAUGGUCGCCCAACCCGCCGUCCGCGCCGCCCCGCGCAUCACCUCAAUGAUCACCCGCCGGGCCUUCCACGCAACCCGCGCCCGUCUCUCCUCUCCGUACCACUACCCCGAGGGCCCCUACUCGAACUUGCCCUUCAACCCCAAGACCCGAUUCUUCGCUCUGCGAUACUGGGGCUACAUGUUCACCGGCUUCUUCGCGCCCGUCGGCAUUGCCGUCUGGCAAACCAAGAAGCCCAAGGCUUAAGUUAUGGCGAUUGGUUGAGAAUAAAGUUACGGGGGGCAGGUCGAGAUGGAGUAUCGCUUAGGCGGGGACGGCAAGGAGCACGAUGCAAGUUGUACAUAUACUUGACAAUAGACAUUGAGGCCAUCGCCGAGUACAAUCUCAUAUGUUUCAGUCAACUUGACGUUGUUAAGCCAUGCUGUUCAGUGUGUUUGAAACUCAGUAUCAACAGGUUAACUUAACUUAAAUUUAUCAUCUGAUCCCAGAACUACAUGAACCAUCGUUAAGGAAGUUGUCAAAAUUUAUAGACUAUACAUGAGUGGCUAAGCUAAGUGCGAUCCC